GUUGGUUUUCCCUUUUGGAACCACCAGACGGUUUAUGUUGUUUACAGCUUUAAAAACUUUAAUUUGUAGCACAGAUAAUAAAAGAGGACAAGCUUCUUUCUCCUUUGAAUGCUAAUUAAACAUAUUUGAUUCUACUUUCAACUAAUUGCUACUCUUAUUGGAAAAUACACCUUUUACUUGUCUAAUAUCUGUGUAUGCUGCAUUGACACAAACAUUACAGAAAACAUGCAGACGACAGACAACACAGCUGCUAAUGAGCCAAACACCAUAGGGACAGCACCCGUGGUAGCCAAGACCGAGAGCGCCGAGAACACUGCGACUGCGGUAUCUGCUAUUGAGACUGAGAAACUGGCCGAGACAGCCGCAGCUACAGCCAAAAUCAACAAUACCCGCAGCAGCAGCAGCAACAUUAGCAAGAUGAGCAAAGGCGCAGCGACCGUGGCUGAUCCAGACAAGGAAGAACUAGAUAUUGAAACUGGCGCCGAAUGCGAGGCCAAAAAGCCCAAAGCAAAUGGCACCGACGCCGGCGACGAACACGAUGAUUUGGCCUACAGAAACGACAAUGAUGUGGUCGAAAAGUCAAUUCUUGGGUCGAUGACUAUGCAGCGCAAGAUUCUGACAAUGGCCGCCCUGAGCAUGUCGGUGUUCAUCGGCAGUCUCGACCAAACCAUCAUUGCCAGCUCGCUUCCGAAUAUUGCCGAGCAGUUUAAUGCACUGAGCUCAGUGAGCUGGAUCGCCACGGGCUUCCUCUUGGCAUCAACAGCCAUGCAGCCGCUGUACGGCCGGCUGUCCGAUAUCUUUGGGCGUGUCGAGACGCUGAUGUUUGGCAUGGUAAUCUUUUUGGUUGGCUCUGCUGUCUCGGGCGCAGCCAACAGCAUGGGCAUGCUGAUUGGCGGGCGCGUUGUGCAGGGUCUAGGCGCCAGCGCGCUAAUGUCUCUUGUCAUGGUCAUUGUUUCGGACAUUAGCAUUGAGCGCGAGCGCGCCAAAGUUACCAGCGUGUUCGCAGCAAUCUGGGCCGCGUCUUCAGUGCUGGGACCCGUGCUCGGCGGCGUGUUCACAGAGUCAAAGGGCGGGUGGCCCUGGGCGUUCUACUUUUCGCUGCCUGUUGGCGGUCUGGCGGGUAUCUUCAUCGUUCUGUUCUUGCGGCUGCCGCGGCCGCAGGGCUCGUUCAGGGAGAAGCUGAAGCGCGUGGAUUUCUUUGGUAUGAUCGUCCUGGUCUGCGGCAUAGUGAUGAUUCUCCUGGCGCUGAGCUUUGGCGAAGACAGCGCGUCAUGGAACUCACCCAAGGUUCUCUGCCUGCUGAUUUUUGGAAUCGUCGUCGUCGGCAUCUUUGUGAUUAUCGAGUGGAAGAUCCCCGCCGAGCCCAUCAUGCCUCUGCGCCUGUAUAAGAACCGCAACGUCGGUAUUUCGCUGUUGCAGCAAAUAUUUGUCGGAGCCGUGAUGUUUGGCCCGACAUUCUACAUUCCCAUGUACUUUAGCGUAAUCCAGAACAGCUCAGCUAUCAAAUCCGGCCUGCACCUGCUGCCAUUCAUCUUGCCCAUCAGCCUGGCCUCUAUCGUCAGCGGCUUUGUCGUGUCCAAGACCGGCCGGUACCGCGAGAUGCAGUGGCUGGGCGGCUUGCUGCUGACCUUGGGCAUUAGUUUGCUGUCGAUUCUCAACGAAAAGUCAACCACCGGAAUUAGCAUUGGUUUGCUGCUCCCCGGCGGUAUUGGAAUUGGAUUCCUUCUGCAGCCCAUGCUGCUGGCCCUGCAGACCUCCAUCCAGCCGCGCGAUAUGGCCACGGGCACAACGCUCUUUGUCGCCAUUCGCUCACUCGGCGGGAGCGUCGGCCUGUCGAUUUUCCAAACAGUCCAGCAAAACUCGAUCUCAGCAAAGCUCGACGCACUUGUCCUGAAGUACCCAGAGUUCGUUGAAAUGAUUAGAAGGACCGCCGAUAACCAGUCCUUCAUUCACUCGGCUGAGCUGCCUGAUGAUUUGCGCGCCGACUUGAUUGGCGCGUAUGUCAAGUCAUUGCGCUACGUGUUUUUCGCCAUGAUCCCCUUUGGCGCAAUGGUGCUCAUACUGGCACUGUUUAUCAAGCACAUUCCGCUGCGCACGAGAAUGGCAAAGACCAUUUCGACCGAUGCCAAGAAGAGCGAAUAAUACUGCUAGAUCGAGUGUUUCAAUAAACCAAUAUGCCAUAAAUUUCAGAGCCACCGUGCUGUUAGCCUUUGCUAUUGGCAUUUGUAAACGAUUUCAUCCGCCAUGCUUUUUCUUCUUCUUCUUCUUCAUAACAACACUAUUAAAUAUAGAAAUGUAG